AUAGACAGUCUCCUGCGAGACGUUUCUGUGACCGAGCGUUGGCUGAGAGUCAGUCUCUUUGAUCCUUGGAGCUCUGUUUUUAGGGAUAAGAAAGCAUGGAGCGUGUUGGCCUCUGACUGCGGUCUUGGCAUCAUGGGUUGCUUUUUGGGCUGGUGUGGCCAGGAAUUUGGGUCAAAAAGCAUGGUUCUUCUAUACCUUCUGCUAUAUCUAUGGGUUAACAAUUGGUUGGUUGCCAUCACCUAUAUCCAACAUAACCAUCCCCAAGUGCCUCACUAUACCGAUGAGGGGUGGAACUUCACCAAAGGGGCUCUAUCAACAAUCGACAGAGACUUCGGCUUUGUUGGGAGGCACUUCUUUCAUCUAAUCAUAGACAGACAUGUGGUCCAUCACCUAUUUCCGACUGAUGCAGCCACAACUGCUAUCAAGCCACUAUUGGGGGGCUUAUACCAUUACGAAGGCAGGAGUUUUCUGGGUCAGCUAUGGUAUCAGUCUUGCACACUGAAGUAUAUAGAAAACGACCUCAAUCGUCCCAGCUAUACCCGAUGGACGUUGUAA